AUGGUCAAGGCGGAUGUGAAGCGGGAUUACUACGCGGACUUGGACCUCCCUCCUACCGCCGAUGCAGAGGAGAUCAAAAGGCAAUUUAGACUUCUGGCGAAACAAUAUCAUCCAGACCGAAACCCUGGCCAUGAAGUCGAGGUCGUCCCGAAGUUUCAAGCCGUCCAAGCCGCCCACGAAAUCCUGAGCGACCCGGUAGAGAAGGCUAAAUAUGAUGCUGGUCGUGCGAGACUGGCUGCGAAGGCCGCUGCGACUGCCUCAACUGCGUACCCUCCCGAUCCCUACGGUUUCUCUAGACCGAACAACGCCAAACAGACUCCUGCAACGAAACAGCAAUUUCCUUUUCCCCCGCCUCCCAAGGCGGCGCAAAAUCGUGCGCCGUUCGCUACGCCAAAUCAGAAACAGCAGGCAUCUUCCGGCGCCGACAAGUUUAAUGCGUUUACUCGAGGAGUACCACAAUCAUGGGAUCGGGCGAAAUACGACGAGGCUCGAGCGGAGGCCGCAAGAGUGUUCCCUACCAUGAGGCCUACAUCCUCCGCUCAACCAGCGCCACCUCGCUCGACGCCGAGGCAGGCCCCUACUGCUCCCAAACCCCCUACCAGCUCGGAAAUGCCAUACGUCCCGAACAUGCCGCCCACAGGUUUCCCGGGCUUAUCGAGAACGGCGAGUUCAAGAAAGUCGGAGUACCACGGGGCAGACGCGUCGCAGUUUUCUCGUUCGGCUUUUUCUUACGUUCAAGGAACGCGUGGACAGCCUCCGUCGAAUCCACAUAUCCAUAUGCCAGAGGGCCAGUCCAUGCGGUCGCCUCCUGUUUCUCGAGCUCGGCCUGCGGUCAGUCCCCUGCGGCAUGCCCGAUCUUCCGACUAUGACAUGAGAAAAGAUCUUGGAGGCCGUCCAUCGGCAAGAUAUGCUGGCGCUGGCGGGGAACGAAUCGACAUCAACGGAGACGGUGUACAUCGUUCGUCCAGUGUUCGCAAUUCUCCAAUUGAUGAUCGAGGGCCGUUCGGCAAGCCGUCGACUCGCUACGAGAGUGUUCCACGCCAUCGGAGCGCUAGUCCCGGGAUGCGAAAGACAGGGCGACAUUCAGAUUUCUCCGAGACUUCGUCGAGCGAGGAAGAAUCACUGCAUAUGGACUCCAGGCCGAAGGCGGUCCCUCGGAGCCGACCACAAGUCAGAACAGGACCCAGCUUCAACGCAGACAACAACCCGGGCCUGACGGGUCAAUAUCCCAGUACUAACUAUACUAGAAUCGUCGAUGACAGUCGUUAUCAGUACCCUCCUCCCGAAGCGAAAGAACCGAUCCGCAAACCGUUCCCGAGCAUGGCGUCCCCGGAUAUGGAGGCACCCAAGGCCAAUGUGUUGCAUGGUGACGGAGGAGGUUCGGACAAACACAAGUAUGCUCCCUUUUUCCUGGAUUCCCGCACAUGGUCCCGAGCAAAUAGAUGUGAUGGUUCUGCCCAGAGAGGACAUUCCUUCAAUGGCUUUCCGUCGUGGGCAGUUCCGUCGACUGUUUUCCCGCAGACCACGCCUCCCCGGUCUCAUAAGCAGAACGAUGAAGCCCUCAAGGCCGGAGGUAGCCUUCAUUUUGUUCAGUCGUGGAGCAAUAAGACUAACCCAAGCGUCAGUAAUGACCCAAACCAACCGAAAGUUCAGACGACAUUUUCGGCGGCGGAUUGGCACGAUAAGGUGACAGCCGAAGACAUCUUCCGGCCCGAUGAGUCUCAAACGCGCAAGUCCCCCUCGAAACUGAAUCGAAGCAGUAGUAAGCCCACAUCGCGGGGAAGAGCACAGUCACGGUCCGCAGAGCACGAUUCAACUCCUUCGUCAGAGAUUCCCAAUGGUCAUGGAGAGGACAAGUCGAGCGCAUUCCAACCUGGAAAGCUGGCGGAUGAUUGGGCUGCUAGAGCAUCGGCGAAGCCAGGCCCUCGCAAUCCGAGAGCAAGCCCCGCAUCCGACACCACGGAUGACUCGAGAGAUCGUUACAUUGUGGUGGAGGAAGAUGCAAUGGACGUCGACACGCCGCCAACAGCCCACAACAUCAAGGUCCCAGCCUCGAAUGGAAUCAAACAUCCAGUCAGUGCGGGACCGCCCCGUCCCGAACCGAAACGGCGGUCGACGAACGGGGGAGUAGACCUGAAGGAAUUCACUCAACAAGCUCCAUUUGCGCCAACGUCAGCCGGGCUCAAGGGCAUGAAAGACGACCUCGAAACCUUCCUUCCGUUUGAGUCACGAGCGUCACAGGAUGUCAACCUCAACCGUGCGACGACCGCACGCAUCCGGGCGUUGAACCUUCCCAAACCACCCAAAGUGGUCACUCCGCCGGCCGAGGAUCGGUUAGACAAGACCAAUUUCGCGCAGUACGUCGAAAAUAUGGAGAACUACAUGCGUGAGUGGAACAAAUUCAACGCAAAGAUGAUUGAGCAUUUCCGAUCCCGGCAGGAUCGGAUCUGCGGCACGAUGAGCCCGCACUGGAUCUCGCAGCCGAGCGAUGGGCCAGAAGCAGAUGCUGUGGAUGCCGAUGGCUCUGGCGACACGAAGGCGGGCUAUGGCGCGUAUAUGCAGUGGCUGCAGGACGACGCGCAAUGUCGAAACUGGUGGGAAGAGGCCAACGAAAAGCAUUUACAGUGUCUGGAAGACCUGGGAAGAGCUAGGCAGGCUGCGAAGCGCAAGCUGCGGACGUGA